AUGUUGACGACGGUCAAUGUCUAUCAGGCGGAGAUCGCCCCUCCUCACCUUCGUGGCACACUGGUGGCAUUCCAAAUCGGCACUCUGAAUGUCGCCGGCGCCUUGGCUUCCUGGGUGGGCUACGCCUGGGAUUCCCUAUCGCCCUACAAUGCCCUACCAGCCCUAAUGCUCAUUGCCGGAUGCUUCUAUAUCCAUUUCUCACCCCGAUGGCUGAUGUCCAAGGAUCAGCAUGCUGAAGCACAGCAGAUCUUACAGCGUCUGCAUGAUGACCACGAGGACCCGACUUUCUGGGAGAAUGAACACCUCCAGAUCUCAGCACAAAUAGCCGCAGAACACCAGGAGCAGGUGAACGGUAAGUGGCAUCACAUGUUCACCAGUGCAAAAGAGUUCAGGCGCGUGGCUACAGCGGUCGCUGCCAUGACCUCCGUUCCAGCAAACGGUGCUCAAACCAUUCAAGUCUACCAGGCAGUCUUUUAUGCCGGUCUAGGUUUCUCAACCCGUGGAACCCUGUUGAUGGCAGGCAUAUUUGGCAUCUGCAACACUGCAGGGGGCGUAACCAACCUAUUCUUGAUUGAUCGAACUGGAAGACGGAAGCUUUUUCUCUCCGGAUUACUCAUUCUCUCGGUAUGGCUGGGAGUCUUUGCGGCUUGCUCUUCCAAAUAUGCUCAGACCGGCCUGACGACAUGGGGCAAAGCUGGAAUUUCCUUUGUCAUGGUGUACAUCUAUUGUUUUGGAGCUACUUUUGCUGCUUCUCCAUACGCCUAUGCCACAGAAGUACUUCCAACCAAAAUUCGUGCCCAGGGAAUGGCCCUUGCACUGUUUGCGGCCAAUGCUGUCAUGUUGACCUUCAGUCAGACCGCACCAAUCGCCUUGAAGAAGAUUGGUCGGAAGUUCAAGUUUGUUUUCAUUGCCAGCAACAUCUUCUUCUUCGUCGUUGUUUUCUUCUUCUUUCCCGAGGUAUCUGGCUCAUUCUUUGCAGAUGAACUGAUUCUGUCUUGA